AUGGAGAGAUAUAAGGUGUGGCCCAGCACGAAAAAGCUCAUUCGGCUUACUGUCUUGAUCCAGCAGUUGAAACAUAGCAUGAUGUAUCAUAUCAUUACAUGUUUCUGUAUGACAGGCAAAAAUGUACAAUGUUAUUUGUAUACAAAAUCAUAGAAGAAAAAAAAAAAAUCAAUUUUUAUUCAUGAAUACAUUUCGCAUAGGCUUUUUACGGUAGUGCCCUCAGCCUUAUCUACGUCACACGUUGACACAUGCGCACUGCCGACGCUCCGAAAGUCCUUUUUUGCCUAGUGUUGAACGUCUAGCAUCAAACGAGGUAAGGCCUGUGCAAAUUGAGAUAAAAUAUUGCAUUUUAUACCCAUUAGAGACAAUAUAUCAGCUCGGAAUAUUGGUCGUAAGUACAUCAUCCAAACGAAUAAUUGUUUGUUUGAUUGCCUUAUAUUUAGCACACAAAAAAGUAAAGUGUUUCUGGAACCGCGUGCCCCAUGUGGCUUGCUAGCUAGCAUUAUGUUUGCUAGCUUAGUUACGUGACUGUGUGGCUGACUAGCUAAUCAAACGACCAUGGAUGCCUAGCUACUAGUUAUGGUCGUAACUAUAAUAAAUCCUCAUGAUUUGCAAACUCUUAUUGCCUGGCUAGGUAUGUCUAAAUACAACUUUAGCUAGCCAGUCAACUUCAAACAUGCCUCAACCUUACUGCUAUGCUAGCUAGCAUUGCGCUGUCUUUCCUGCGAAGUGGUAGUUAUUGGUUCCCAAAUCGCUAAUUUCUAUUGCUUUAGGUAUCUAAACAGAUGGGCCACCUAGACAGGCAGUAUGUCAAUGCGUCUAUAUCCCUAGCUCAGUCAUUGUUGCUUUUUAGGGCGGAUUCAAGUCAUGUGGGCGGCAGGUAUCUUAGUGGUUAAGAGCGUAGUGUCAGUAACCGAAAGGUCGCUGGUUCUAAUCCCCGAGCCGACUAGGUGAACAAUCUGUCGAUGUGCCCUUGAGCAAGGCACUUAACAAUAAUUGCUCCUGUAAGUCGCUCUGGAUAAGAGCGUCUGCUAAAUGACUAAAAUGCAAAUGUAAUGUGGAGCAAUGACACCCCAUUUACUGUUCUCAUACUCUCCUGAGUGGCGCAGUGGUCUAAGGCACUGCAUCGCAGUGCUAGCUGUGCCACUAGAGAUCCUGGUUCGAAUCCAGGCUCUGUCGUAGCCGGCCGUGACCGGGAGACCCAUGGGGCGGCGCGCAAUUGGCCCAGCGUCGUCCAGGGUAGGGGAGGGAAUGGCCGGCAGGGAUGUAGCUCAGUUGAUAGAGCAUGGCGUUUGCAACGCCAGGGUUGUGGGUUCGAUUCCCACAGGGGGUAUGAAAAAAAUAAAUAAUGUAAGUCGCUCUGGAUAAGAGCGUCUGCUAAAUGACGUAAAUGUAAACGCUAACUAACCAUAUUUUCCUAUCCACAGCAUCAAGAUGCAGCUCUUCUUGCGUGCACAGAACACUCACACCCUUGAGGUGACAGGACAGGAGACCGUCAGAGACAUAAAGGUGAGAGGCCACGCUUGGAUAAAUCAAUGAUUGUGGUGUAAUUGGUGUACUGUCUGUAGUCUACAAUUACAGUGUUCCACAUUGUCUGGAUUUGUCACAUGCAUGUACAUUUUUGGGAUAUAUGCAUGUCUGGAGCAAACCAUUGAGUGUGUCUGUGGGGUUGUUUCAGGUCCAUGUCCAGACUCUGGAGGGUCUCCUAGUGGAGGACCAGGUGCUGUUGCUGGCCGGCUCCCCACUGGAGGAUGCUUCCUCUCUGGUGGACUGUGGCAUCUCUGAGCACUGCACCCUGGAAGUAGCUGGCCGACUUCUGGGAGGUCAGUACUCGGGCAGCAGAUAUCCUAGCGGUUAAGAGCGUUGGGCCAGUAACCGAAAGAUUGCUGGUUCAAAUCCUUGAACCAACUAGGUGAAAGCUGCAGAUGUGCCCUUGAGCAAGGCACUUAACCCUAAUUACUCCUUUAAAUCGCUCUGGAUAAGACUAAAAUGAUGGAGCACCAAAUACAGCUCACCACAAUGGCUUACUAAGUCCUGUACAUGAUCUCAAUGUGUCCUGAUUUGAAUAUUUUGCAAAUGUAUCCUUCCUCCAUUGAAUAAUCACAGCUAUGAGAAGAUUGGAUUUAGAAAGAAAUAGGGUGGGAACUUUGCUUUGACUUAUCCAAUCACAUACAGUGCACUUGGAAAGUAAUUCAGGCCGUUGACUUUUUCCACAUUUUGUUACGUUGCAGCCUUAUUCUAAAAUUGAUUAAAUAACAUUUUUCCUCAUCAAUCUACACACAAUACCCCAUAAUGACAAAACGGAAACAGGUUUUUAGAAAUGUUUGCAAAUGUAUUAAAAAUAAACAUAACUUAUUUACAUAAGUAUUCAGACCCUUUGCUAUGAGACUCGAAAUUGAGCUCAGGUGCAUCCUUUUUCCAUUGAUCAUCCUUGAGAUGUUUCUACAACUUGAUUGGAGUCCACCUGGGAUAAAUUCAAUUGAUUUGACAUGAUUUGGAAAGGCAUACACCUGUCUAUAUAACGUCCAACAGUUGACAGUGCAUGUCAGAGCAAAAACCAAGCCAUGAGGUCAAAAGAAUUGUCCGUAGAGCUCCGAGACAGGAUUGUGUUGAGUCUGCAGCAUUGAAGGUCCCCAAAAACACAGUGGCCUCCAUCAUUCUAAAAUGGAAGUUUGGAACCACCCAAGACUCUUCCUAGAGCUGGCCGCAUGGCCAAACUGAGCAAUCGGGGGAGAAUCAAUUUUAGAGUUAAGGUAAAAUGUUGAAAAGGUAAACGGGUCUGAAUACUUUCUGAAUGCACUGUACAGCUCCAUUCCAGAUCAGCAGUUAACUAAUGGGUGCUCUGUGAAGGUAUUUUGUCAUCAGUUCCAUUGCUGUAUGUUCACUCAGGAUAAUCUCUUUGCUUUCUCUCCCCUCCAGGAAAGGUCCAUGGCUCCCUGGCCCGUGCCGGUAAAGUGAGGGGACAGACACCCAAGGUCAGCAGAUGCUUUCUGCAUAUUUUUAAACAUACUCUUUGACAUUAUGGUAGUUGGUAUUGUGGCAGUUGUAACAAUGUCUGAUUGUUUCAAAAUCGUUAUAGUUCUUGGAUUAGUGUCUUCUAAAUGUAAUAUAUUUCUGCAUAGUAAUGGACACUGUCCCCCUCUAUCACUACAGGUUGACAAGCAGGAGAAGAAGAAGAAGAAGACUGGCCGUGCAAAGCGUCGCAUCCAGUACAACAGGCGCUUCGUCAACGUUGUGCCCACCUUCGGCAAGAAGAAGGGCCCCAACGCCAACUCCUAAGAACCCCCCCCUCCCCCUCAGGAGAACGCUUGGGAUUUUUUUUUUAAGCACUGAAAGGUUUUCCUCCUGUACAGAAUAAAGAUUUGGCUUGGACUGUCUUGGGUGUUUAUGAUUUUGAGACAGGGUUGUUUGAUAAGUGACUUAUUAGAAAGUAUUGUUUGGACAGCACACUGACAAAAGAUUUGGUACAUUCUUGUUCAGGGGUUUUCAAAUCUGAGCCUGGAGGUCUGCAGUUAUGCUGGUUUUCUGUUCUACCCGAUAAUGGCACCCACCUUGGCUGGGUUGACAGGCAGCCCAAUUCAGAUUUCACUAAUUGGUAUUUUGACCAAUUUAGAUCAGCGAUUGGUAAAGACCAAUUGGUGGGGGGAAAAAAUCAGAAUUGGUCUGCCUGUAAACGCAACUUGUGUACCAAAUCUAAAUCAGUCCUUGAUUUGAGGGCAAAAAAUAUCAGCAGUGGAACUGACUUAAGGUCCAGGUACGAAUUU